UUUUUGUUUGUCCUUUUUUUGUUUUUUUGUUUUAGUUUUUAACUUUUUACUGAUGCGAAAAAGGAUCCGAACCGUGAGUUUUGUGAUCCGUUACACCCCUAGUUUGAUCACAUGAGUAAAGACAGUGGAGUUACGUCUCUAUACUGAGCAUGGGGGGGGGGUCUUCAGUUACUUUAGUAACUUUAGAAUUGCUACUUUUCUGCUCUGUUUCCUUCUCAACGUCAGAGAUUCUGUCUUUAGGAGAGAAUUGUCCACAUUUGGAGGUAAAGUUUGAACCAGCAGUAAAAUAACUUUUAUUUCCAACAGAUUCAUGAUGAAAAUGGCAGAAUCUUGUUUUUGAAUUGAACUCCCUUCCAUCGUUACACAGAGCUGCAUUUCCUGCCAGCGUGGCCCCUCCCUGACUGAGGAACGUGCAGACCAACACAGCAGGCCCUGCUGCAUGUGACCCCCCCGCAGACCUGGAACCGUCUCUUUGUGUUGCCGCUCAGCUUUCACACAGAUCAGCAGAAUGACCUGAGAGGAACCGACCGUCCAAUCAGGCGAGUCUGCAGGUGCGUCCAGGUCCAGGAACAGACCAAUCAGUGGGGAGGAUGAUUCCUACGCAUGCGGCCCAGACGUCUCCAGGAAGUGUCCUGUCUCUCCGAGGUCCGGUCGCUCCUGGAUCUCCUGCUGCCUCCAUCACGGCCAGAGUGGAGGAUCAGGUGAUCGGAUACAGAGAUCUGGCGGCUCUGCCGACAGACAAAGCCAUCCUGGACAUCGAGAGGCCAGAUCUGAUGAUCUACCAGCCGCACUACGUCUACAGUCUUCUGGAGCGGUCCCUGUCUCCUCGCUCCACGUCUCCUCCUCCGUCUCCUCAGAGCUCGUCCAAAGAGUGGCUGGAGAGCGCGUCUCCUGGAGGCUCCUCCCCAUGCUCCACCAUGCUCAGCAGCAGAGCCUACAGCAUCCACUCACCGCCGGCUCUCACCGCGGCGAGCCUGUCGUCCUCCGGGUCCAGAAACAGCGUGCAGCACUUUCACCGUCCAGAGAACGGCUCCAACAUCUACAGGAAACCCCCCAUCUACAAGCAAGAUGGGAUCUCCUCGGCCGUCCCUCAGGGAAAACACAUGGAAGAUCUGAUCAUCGAGUCCUCCAAGUUUCCAGCGGCUCAGCCUCCAGAUCCCAACCAGCCGUCCACCAUCGAAACAGACUACUGGCCCUGCCCCCCCUCUUUGGCUGUGAUUGAAAAAGACUGGAGGAGGAAGGAUCAGAGGGCUGAAGAGGAUGGAGAGCUGGAGGAUGGAGCAUGGGGUCUGAGAGUUCUUCACAAACAGGAGCUGAACAAGAUCCAGUCCAAUCUGGGUAAAAUCCUCCUGAAGGAGGAGCUGGACAGAUCCUCAGCUCCCAUGAGGAGGAAACCUCGCUCUCUGCCGGAUGGGAGCAGAACCCCAGGCUCCGGCCCCUCUCAGUCCGUUUAUUUCCCAUCAUCCUCUCGGAGCUGUCUGUCCAGACUGAAGUCAGCAGAGUUCCACCCAAAAACUCAGACAGGUCUUCAGGACGGAGACUCCAGGAUGGACCGAGGGAACUCGCUGCCCUCGCUGGACCACGAGAUUUACCCGUAUGAAGCGCUGGUGGUGACCCUUCGAGGGCGCAAGAAGCUCCCUGCUGGUGUGGACCGUACCAGGCUGGAGAGACAUCUCUCCCAGGAGGAGUUCUUCAGCCUGUUCGGGAUGUCCAUCAGUGACUUUGACCGCCUGUCUUUAUGGAAGAGGAAUCAGCUGAAGAAGAAGGUCUGCCUCUUCUGACGCCGCUGAGCCUGCACUGCUGCUCUCAGGUCGACCUUCAGGACGCCGCAUUCACCGCAUCCGUGGAGACGUUAAGACGUCUGUAGAGACGUGAUGAGGUCAGCGAGUUCUCUGCACCGUUUGAACUCUGGAACUGCCUCACAAAGGAUCAAGCAGCAGCGAGGAGGAGCUGGUCUGACCGCCGUAAUGAUCAGCACCAGCUUUCCAGGGAUGAGAUCCUUCUGGAUCUCCUCACAGACCAGGAGGCAGCUGCAGCGCUAACGUUACAGAUUUAACAGUUUUAUGCUCAGACGAAGACGAAGGUCAGAACCAGUUUCCCCCAAGCCUCAAAUGUUAGGAAGCGCCACGAAGAACCAUAGCAGCUGCAGUUAAGAGUCAGCCAAAGACACUGCCACAUGACAGAGAGUUCAGUUCAGUUUCAUUUAGAAAGCACAAUAUCACAACAGUCGUCUCAACGGCUUCACACCAGCAAUCCUCCAGAAACAUCAAACAUGACUAGAAAAACUGAACUAAACUGGUUAUGACUGCCUUUAGAAAGAGCCAGUCCCACGUAGCCCUGCCCCCUCCACACAGCUCCGCCCCCUUCAUGCAGCCCUGCCCCCUCCACACUGCCCCACCCCCCAUACAGCUCCACCAUGCAGCUUAUUAGCAAGGUUAGCAUUAGCUGGUGUUGCUUCCUGAGCAAAUGUUGUGCAUCUGUAUUUAACUCUCAUAAAGAAGCAGCAUGUUUGAAAUGA